AUGGCGCACGCGACGCUCCUCCGCACUCUGCGGCCCUCAAUCGCCCCUCGUCCGGGCUUAUGGCGCCCUCGAUUUCGUCGCGACGUCCAUGCAGGCGAAUUCCAGCCCUUCAUUCCCCCCUCUCCCAGCUCCCUCGGAAAACCCACCCCCGCGAAGACCUACACCCGGACCCGGAAAUGGCUCCGCCGACUGUUCUACACCUCGCUCGCCACGGGUGUCAUCUACGGCAUUGACAACCAGUUCUACGCAUCCUCGUUGACUCGCACGGCCCGAACUUUCUCUCUCGGUCUCUUGGUUGCGCUGGACUACAAAAUCAACUUCCGCCCCCACCCGCCGCUGGCCAGCUCAAUCACCGCAGUGCAUGCUCGCAACGCCGAGCGCCUGUCGGACUUGCUGCGGCAUAAUGGUGGACUGUACUUGAAGAUGGGCCAGGCCAUCGCCAUGCAGUCAGCCAUUUUGCCGCCCGAGUUCCAGCAUAUGUUCUCACGCAUGUUCGACGAUGCGCCGCAGAAUGAAUGGAAGGAAGUCGAGAAGGUUAUUCGCGAGGACUUUGGCAAAUCGCCCGAAGAGGUGUUUGGCGUCUCAUUUGACGGCGAGCCGGGCAAAGGUGUAAUGGAACGCAAGGCACGUGCGAGCGCGAGCGUCGCACAGGUGCAUUGGGCGCGAUUGCAGGAUGGCCGGGAGGUGGCGAUCAAGAUCCAGAAACAUGAAAUUGUGCAACAGUUGGCGUGGGAUCUGUGGGCCUUCAAGGUCGUGACCUAUAUCUAUAGCAAACUGUUCGAUAUUCCCUUCUAUAGCUUGGUUCCCUAUAUCAGCGAGCGGCUUUCGCUCGAGACGGACUUCGAGAACGAGGCGACUAAUUCCGAGAUGAUGGCUCAGUUUGUUGCGGGCGAACCUCGCCUGCGGGAUCGCGUGUACAUCCCCAAGGUUUUCCGUGAGCUGAGCUCAAAGCGAGUCAUGACGGCCGAAUGGGUUGAAGGCGUGCGGCUUUGGGAUAAAGAUGCUAUAACCCGGCCGUGGCGUGGUGGUUGGCGCCAGGGAAGCCCUGGCUGCCACGGCACACCUCUCGAUCCCCCCAAGAGCCUCUCUGCGCCGCCGACAUCUCAAGCAGCGAAGCUAAAGCCCGAACGCAACCAUUGGAAAGGCCAAAACAACCGCGGCGGGCUAGGCCUAUCGCUCAAAGACGUGAUGACGACUAUGGUCGACCUCUUCUCGGCCCAGAUGUUCCUCUGGGGCUGGGUGCACUGUGAUCCGCACCCGGGCAAUAUCUUCAUCCGGCGCAAGCCCUCCGGCCAGCCGGAACUGGUUCUCAUCGACCAUGGCCUGUAUAUUCAUAUGGAGCCGGGCUUCCGCCAUCAAUAUGCGCGCUUCUGGAAGGCCCUGCUUACCUUCGACAACCGUACGCUCGGUGAGAUCGUGAAGGGCUGGGGUGUAAACAAUGCGGACAUUUUCGCAUCAGCCACUCUGAUGCGCCCAUACCGCGGCGGUGAUCUGUCCACCAGCCGCGGCAUCGAGGGUCUCAGCAAGUCGGAACGUGCCGAACGCCACUAUGAGAUGCAGCAGGCUGCCCGCAAGGCCGUCCGUGAGAUCCUCGGCGACGAGACCAAGUGGCCGCGCGAGCUGAUCUUCAUCGGCCGCAACCUACGUAUUGUCCAGGCCAACAACCAGUUCCUCGGCUCGCCGGUCAACCGCGUUAAGAUCACCGGAACGUGGGCGUCGCGUGCGCUAGUCGAGUCGCCCGACCUGCCACUCGCCGAGAAGAUCCGGAAUCUUGGUCGGCAUGUGGUGUUCCGGAUAGUUCUGUUCACUAGCGAUAUAUUCUUCUGGUUUACCAAGAUCCGGCAAUAUCUGCGUCUAGGCGGAGGGAUGGAGGAUGAAAUCGAGGCGCAGAUGCAGCACAUGGCAAAAGAUAUGGGCGUGGAAUUGAACCAGAACGUGUUCGAAGGAUAG